AUGGACCAAAGACUAACGGUGUAUGACGAUCAAACAGAUUUAUUAGAGUCAAGAGUAAAGCUGAACUAUAAUAAGAAUGGCUCAAAUAGAUACAUAAUCUCACUAGCUGGUGUUCCAGGGGCAGGAAAGACUACAUUUGCUAAUAAGAUAGCUUCAAUAUUUAACCGAGAUAUAGCUAAAACAAUAGUUAUAUCACAAGAUGGGUAUCAUUUAUACAGAUCCGAACUACUAUCAUUACCUAAUCCCGAAGAAGCAGUAAGGAGAAGGGGUGCUCCUUUUACAUUCAAUGUUCAAGCAUUUGUCAAUUUAGUUUCAAAAUUGAAAGAUAAAUCCGAAGUAAGAAAAGUUCCAUCAUUUGAUCAUAAAUUGAAAGAUCCAGUUGAAGAGAAUAUUAUAAUAGAUACAGAUGUCUCAAUCAUAAUACUAGAAGGGAAUUACGUCUCGUUGAAAGAUGAGCAUUGGGAUGACAUAAGUUCAUAUGUUGAUGACACUUGGUUUAUUUCUACUCCAGAGGAUUUAGUUCGAAGUAGGAUAAUCAAAAGACAUUUAGAUUCUGGUAUUGCAUUAGAUGAAGAAGAAGCUAUAGAGAGAGCCGAUGGGAGUGAUUUACAAAAUGCCAAAUACAUUAUAGAAAAUUCUAAACUAACCAAUGUGUUAGUACUUACACGAUAA